ACUCAUAGUUCAGAGAAAACACUUUCUCCCUUUCACAAUAGUUCAAAGUUAUUACUAGACUUCCAAUUAAGUUCUAGCUAAAUGGCUAAGCACAUUAUCUUGCUGAUGAGCCUCGUGACCUUAUCUUUCGGCUUACUUGCAUUUGCCUUUGAGCCCAGUCCACUGCAAGACUUCUGUGUUGCAGAUUCAACUAGCUCAGCAAGAGUGAAUGGUCAACCAUGCAAAAACCCUGCAUUAGUUCAAGCUAGUGACUUCUCCUUCAGUGGUCUGCACCUGCCUGGAAACACAUCAAACCCCAAUGGCUCCAAGGUCACCCCAGUGUCUGUAGCCCAGCUGCCAGGGCUCAACACUCUUGGAAUCUCCAUGGUUCGUAUCGACUAUGCACCGUGGGGAAUCAACCCUCCACACACUCACCCCAGAGCCACUGAAAUCUUGACAGUCUUAGAGGGUUCACUUCAAGUCGGGUUCGUCACCUCAAAUCCCGACAAUAGCCUCAUCACAAAGACCCUUCAGAAGGGAGAUGUGUUCGUGUUCCCAGUGGGACUUGUUCAUUUUCAGCGCAACGUGGGAACUGGAAAUGCUGUUGCUAUAGCUGCGUUGAGCAGCCAGAAUCCUGGAGUGAUCACCAUUGCUAAUGCAGUUUUCGGGUCUAAACCUGGUAUCAGCAGUGAUAUUCUUGCCAAGGCAUUCCAGGUGGAUAAGAGUGUUGUGUAUCAACUCCAGGCCAAAUUCUAGGAAUGCAGCAACAGGAAUCCGUGACCUUAGAUCCAGAUUACAUGCUUGUAUUUCGUAACUUUUUCCUUGUCUUGAUUUGUUUUUCUGUGUGACAUGAUUUGUGUGUUUCAAUUGUUUGGUUCUGAGCUUGGCAAAGUUUCUUGACUGAUGUAUUAGCACUACUUCGUAGUUGGUUGGUUUUAGUUUGUUCUUUAUUUCAACUGCUAAUAAAAUUCUUUUGCAUGUCA